GACAGUUCAGUUUCCCACUAUCGUCGUGAAAGGCGUAAUGCCAUCAGUGGGCAGGCUGUGGUUCUGGGCAUAUCAGGAAAACUUAGUGAAGAGCCACCCACUUCUACAGAAGACCGCCCUCCAUUAGUGAAGAAAGAGCUUUAUAGCUCUCUGCUCCACCUGGCAGACCACACCCUGCCCUAUCGGGGGACACUGUUCGCCAUGGACCCUCGCAAUGGAUACCUGGACCCUCAUUAUACUACACCUCAGUUCUUUCCUGCUUUUCAUCCUCCAGUACCAAUUGACGAUAGACAUACACAAGGCCGGUACAUUUAUGACCCCUCACCAGUACCUCCGCUACACCUGCCUCCUGCACUGGCAGCCAGCCCAGCAUUUUCUGAUAUCUCCCUCAUCCGGAUCUCGCCACAUCGGAACCCUUCCGUUGGGGCGGAGUCAACCUUCAACCCCCCUCAUCCAUACGUUAACCCGUACAUGGACUAUAUCCGUUCGCUGCACAGCAGUCCCUCUCUGUCAAUGAUCUCUGCGGCCAGGGGCCUCAGUCCUGCAGAUGCACCCCAUGCCAGUUUGACUACGGCAGAGUACUACCACCAGAUGGCCCUAUUUGCAGGUCACCGCAGCCCAUACGCUGACAUCAUUCCUUCAGUGUCAUCCUCAUCAGGGCCUACAAGCAGUGCUCUGCAUAUGGAGUACCUACAGGCUAUGGAAACCUCACGAUUUCCAAGUCCUAGGCUCACAAAUCGCCCCAGUAGAAAACGACCCCUUCCCAUCUCUCCUUCCCUGUCUGACCCCAGUUUUGACCUGCAGGCCAUGAUUCGCACCUCGCCCAAUUCUCUAGUCAAUUUACUUAAUAAUUCCCGCUCCAGCUCAUCCACCAGUGGAUCCUAUGGACACCUCUCAGCUGGUUCUAUCAGCCCUGCACUGAGUUUUGCAUAUCCUCCAACACCUGUGGCACUGCAAAUGCAUCAGCAGCUGAUCAGUCGGCAACAGGGCAUCGUAGGUUCUGCGUUUGGACACAGUCCGCCCCUUGUGCACCCCUCUCCUGCCUUUGCAACCCAGAGACCAGUUCCUGGCAUUCCUCCAUCCAGCCUGCCACCUACAGAACGUUCCACAGCCUCACAUGACUCACAGAGUAAACCCACCAGUGAGUCGGCUGUAAGUAGCACAGGGGACCCCAUGCAGCACAAACGCUCCAAACUCAAACCAGAUGAGGAGCCGCCCAGCCCCGGAGUCAUUAGAAUGCAGGAGCAAAUGGAUGGAAUGACGCUGGUGAAAGAGGAGGGUGAUAAAGAGGAGGGCAAGCAGGAGCCAGAGGUGGUGUAUGAAACCAACUGCCACUGGGAAGGUUGCUGCAGGGAGUUUGACACCCAGGAGCAUCUUGUGCAUCACAUAAAUAAUGAUCACAUCCAUGGAGAAAAGAAGGAGUUUGUCUGUCGUUGGGAGGAAUGUUCAAGAGAGCAGAAACCUUUUAAGGCCCAGUACAUGCUGGUAGUGCACAUGCGCAGACAUACAGGAGAAAAGCCUCAUAAAUGCACGUUUGAAGGCUGUUCAAAGGCCUAUUCCAGACUGGAGAACCUGAAGACACAUUUGCGUUCACACACAGGAGAGAAACCUUAUGUGUGUGAACAUGAAGGCUGCAACAAAGCCUUUUCCAAUGCAUCAGACCGAGCCAAACACCAGAAUCGCACACACUCCAAUGAGAAACCAUAUGUGUGUAAAAUCCCUGGUUGCACUAAACGAUACACUGAUCCCAGCUCUUUACGGAAACAUGUUAAGACUGUACAUGGUCCUGAAGCACAUGUAACCAAGAAACAGCGUGGGGACACAUACCCCCGUCCCCCACCUCAGCCCCGAGAACCUGAAGGUAAUGAACAAGGUCAGUCACCUGGACAACUGCCUCUCAGAGCGAUCACUGACCAAAAGGAGUAUAACCAUCCUACCUUGAAACAGGACGAAUGUCUACAAGUCAAGUCAAUCAAAACAGAGAAGCCCAUGACGUCUCAGCCAAGCACUGGCGGUCAGUCUUCAUGCAGCAGUGACCAGUCCAUCGGCGGCCCCCAUAUCGGCCGUGGAGUCCAGCUUACUGUGAACAGCAUUGGGCUUGCAGGGGAGGAGGCAGUGACUGAGGAAAAUGAAGAGAAGGAGGAGGAAGGAGAGGGAGAGGAGGAGGAACUUACCCCCAUUAUGGACUCUACAGUAUCUACUGGAACAACCACGGUGGCAACACUAGCUUUGCAGACUCGUCGAAGUGUAGGACGGCCCCUACGCUGGAUGGAGCAUGUUAAGAUGGAGAGGUUAAGGCAGGUGAAUGGAGCUGUGCCUAAGCUAGGACAUAUGUCCCCAACACUGCCCACUAAAGGCCAGACCCUGCCUGCCCUCACAGGAAAGGGUUCAUGCCUUGGUAGGAGUAGUUCUGCGGGGGUUCCCCAGCCUCCUCCACGUAUUGAGCCAUCCAACACAGAGCUGACAGUGUUCAAUUUGCUACCUGAGCGGCGGGACAGCAGUGGCAGCAACACCAGCUCGGCCUACCUGAGCAGUAGUCGUCGAUCCUCUGGCAUCUCCCCCUGCUUCUCCAGCCGCCGUUCUAGCCAGGCCUCGCAGUCUGAGCACAACCAUCAUCGUCAUAUUCACAAUCUCAGUGCCACUGACUCUUAUGACCCUAUCUCUACUGAUGCCUCACGACGCUCCAGUGAAGAUAGCCAGAGUGGAGGUGUAGGAAGUUCAGGUGGAAUGGUGUACAGUGGAAGUGAAGGUAUUGGAGGAAGUGGUAUGGGGACAAGAGGUGUUCUCAACCUCACUCCAGCUCAACACUUUUACCUGAAGGCCAAGUAUGCCGCUGCUACAGGUGGGCCUCCUCCCACACCCUUGCCAAACAUGGAGCACAUGAGCCUAAAGGCUCGUCUGGCUUUGAUGGAAGAUAAACAGAACUUGAGCCAACUUACACUACCACCACUGGUCAGGCCACGUCGCUGUAGUGAUGGUAUGCACAACUUACAUGGCAGUGAAGCAGUGUAUCGACGUAGGGGAUUGUAUCCUGUAGAAGGUACAGGGAAUAGUGAUAGAAGAGCCAGUGACCCUGUGCACGCAAGGGAUACUAGUGCUUUUGGUUUGCCACAGUUACAGCGUUUCAGCAGUUUAAACAACAUGAAUUCAUUACCCCAUAUUGCUGGUAAUCAUUAUUUAGAUGGAGAAAAUAACAAUCUGCGCUUCCAGAACUACAUCUUUCAGAGAAGUCUACUCUCGCCUUGCCCUCCCAGCAUAAUGGAGCAAUCGGCACUUGAGGACUUGGCAAUGAACCAAGAUGGUCUUCUGUUACAUGUUGAUGAAGACAUUCUUCCAGAUGACUUGGUGCAGUAUCUUCAUUCCCAAAGUCAAGAAUCUGAUCACAACCAAGACAACCAAAGCAGUGAUUCCAGUCCUCAUAGAUCCAGUUUUGAUCAGGUUACUGUAGAUGUCCAGAACUUCCUCAACCCACAACAGCAACAGGAGGAGACAGAAGGUGAAAACACUAGUAAAGAUACAAUGCCUAUCCAGUGGAAUGAAGUGACCUCUGGUAGUGCUGAUGUUUCUCCUCCCAGGCAGCAGUCUCAGUGCAGAAAAUGGUCAGACCAGAGUGGCAUAGUGAGCAACGCCUUUGGUCAUAUUGGAAACAUGGUUGUGCAGCCACAACUGCAUACAGAGUUCAUGGAUCAACACUCAACUCUUUGUAGAGAUGGUGUUGAACACAUGGCAGGUAUGAACUACAGAUGCAUACAUCCAGAGCAGCGUCAACAAAUUGCAAAGCCAUCCCAACAAAUGCCAAGGAACAAUUUAGGCAUUAAGAAUGAGUCUUCUUUAAACUCCAAACUUGAAUCAAGGCCCAACAACUUUGGUCGACCAGACUUCUCUCAUAUCUCUCUGGGCCCCUUCCUUCCUAGCUGUACCCAGCAGACAACUAUAUCCCAAAAUAGCUUCAAGCAAAACCUUUUGUUGCAAAGACCAACUAACUGCAGCUUGACUCCAGCAACACUACUGCCGAACCAGGCCCAACAUCCUAUGACUCACCCAUCUGUCAAUAGUGACCAUACAGGCUUAUAUCACACACAACUCUACUUCAUUCAACAAGUUAACAAUGGUCAUAAUGCACAUUCAUGCCAUCAGCAAAGCUUGAGGAAUGGAAAUGGAACCAACUGCUCUCAUGCAAAUCAGGUUUCAGGACUUAAGCUUGAGGUAGAUUACCUUCAAACCAACACUUCCUCUUGUAUCCAGCAACAAAAGCCUGUGUUUAUUGCUGAGUCCUUUGACACAUCAGAGUCCAAAACUUCGUCUUCUCGUGAUACAGGACAGUCAUGUUUAAUGGAGUCCUUGACAGCUGAGACAGAAACACCUUCUGAGAACCUUCUGUCCCCUGGCGUUGAUAAAGUGACCAGUACAGUAGAAGAAAGCCUAGGUGUCUUAGAUAAUGUUGGUUUAGAUAUUUGUUCCAUCCUUGAGGAUGGUUAUGAGCAGGGUAGUGUGGUUUCUGACAUAAUCAGUCCUGUUUUUUUCCAGGGUCUGUAUAGAACGUCCUCUCAGCAGACUACUCCAUUUCAUCCAGGCACUAACAACAUGGCUAUUGGUGACAUGAGCUCCCUCCUCACCACCCUCGCAGAAGAGAGCAAAUUUCUGGCUAUUAUGCAGUAAUCUGUGCAGCCCCCCUCCAAAAAAUUGUUACACUAUUAUAGAUAAGACAAAUUUGACAGACUUUUGUAUGUAAUGUAAAGAUGUGGGAUGAGAAAGAAAGUUAUUGCUUUACAUUUAUUAAAAUAGUUUAUUAGGUGAUGUUGACAAAGAGUUAGUACACAAUCUUAAAUCUGUCUUAUCUUCCUAGAGUCAGUGACCAAUAAAUCCAUUCCAUUUCUGGAAUGGAGGCUAUUUUAAAAGCCCUUCUUUCAUAUAGUUAUGUGAUGAUGACAGAUAGAGACACUGAUCUUCUUUUCAUCACAUUGAAUCAGUAUUCUCUGUGUUGUUGUUGAUAUAUUUUUGUUUUGUUGUACAUUGUAGCUACAAGUGCAUGAUCAUUAUCGUAUGAAGUGUACACCGUGUUAACUAAACUGAGUAGGUUAACUAAUUGUAUUAUGUAUCUUUGUUGUUGAGUGAAUUGCAUACUACAAAAAUGGUGUAUAAAUAUGCACAACUGUCAUCAGGUCAAGACAGAGUGGAAUAUCACGCUUAACAGACCCAAGUGUCAUAUUUUGAUUAUUCCGUCUUUUAAGUGUCUUAUAUCAGAGAUGUUACAGUGAUUAUAAUAUAAGUCUUACCUAAUUUUGUUGACCAAUUUUUCCCAACCUGUCAGUUGUUUAGGGACCAGUUGUGUAAGGUUAUGUGAAAAGUGUAGCGCAAAAUGCUAGAGCUGUUCACUUAAUAUCUUGAGUAUGUUGACUGUAUCCUUGUAAAUAAAUGUUAAUAUUUUUCUUCAUUUUUUUUUAUAUUGCAAAAAUUUAAAUUUUGCAUUGUUUUGACCAUAUUGUUAAUGACUGGUGUUGCUGUUAAGCAAUGCAUUACAUGACAAAAAAAAAGGCAUUGUGGUCAUUUUAGUCAAUCUCAGUAUGUUGCUUAUUGCACAAGGUUUUUUUUAUAUUUUUGCCAAAAAUGUGUUUAAACCAAUGGUAUCAAUUAAUGUUUAAAUUGAUAUAAAUAUACCAGUUAUUGUAUUUGUUAUCUUAAUUACAACAGUCAGUUUUGUGCUGUUUUUGUCACAGCAGUGCAGUGAAUCUGUACUGAGAUCUCAUUUAUGCCAUGGCUUUUUAGAUUAACCUGUCUUUGCUUAUCCAUUAAAAAAAUUCUACCUUCCUUGUGCCUGAAUAAGGAAAUUUAUAAAAACCUAGACACAACAAGCACCACUACAGGAGCUAAGAGACUUUUAGUAGUUUUAAAAAUAUCCUGCAGUUUCUGUCUACAUAUGUAUAGUUUUUAAAAGGUGUACUCUCGUAAUUAGGUUCUGUUUGUUUUUGUAUAGUUAUCUAAACAUUUUUUGUAGUUGUGUAUCAGCAUCUUUGUUUUGUUUUGAACACAGAAGUGGUAUGACCUAUUCCUCUUAAAAAGGACUAGAGGCUUUUAGCCUAAGGUAUGUGCCUUAUUAAUGCUUGUUCAUUGAGACACUGCCAUUUUCUUCUUCUUCUUUUUCUUGUGUUUCUUUUUUUAAGGAAUUAAAGAGAAAAAAAAAUGUGUAUGGUUAUAAUCCUGUGACUUCACGUUACAUGGAACUCUACAUUCUUUUGACUGGGCAUUGAGGAAUGUGAUGUGUAAAUAAUGUU